AUGGAAUACGAAAAAAUCUAUCAAAAAUUGAGUAUCAGGUAAAAUGGCUUGGUUAUUCAAAAGAAGAAAAUACAUGGUAAUAUUUUUUAUUAUCUUGAAGGGAAUUGUAAGAAAAUUUAAUAGAAAAUUUUAGUGAUCUAAUUUAAUAAUAUCAUUUAAAUGAAUUUUAUCAAAAAUUUAAAGGUUUUAUCUUCAAAUACAAAGAAAUUAAAGGAAAUAUAAAGAUAGAUAAACCUUUUUAAAUUAUUAGAGAAUUUGAAACUCAUUUUUUAGUUAAAUUUAUUAAUUAUUUUUAGAUUGCAUAUUAUCCAAGAAAAAAUAAGUUUGUUUGUUCAUCUCUUAUUAAUAAAUCAGAAGCACCAUUAAAUCUAUUAUAAGAAUUCUAUUGUAAAUACAAGGAUUAAAUAGGAUAUAAUUAAUAUAAUAAUGAAUAAAUUGGAUGUAUUUUAGAAUACUAUUAAAAAUAAUCAUAUGUUGUUUUAUUAGAAUCAAAAGGAAGAACCUUUAUUAAUAACACUAUAAUUAUUGAUAAAUAACCAGAACUAUUACUUGAUUAUUUUGAAAAUAUGAAUUGGAUUACCAUUGUUGAAAGAUUAUUUUUCAUUAUAUAUUUGAUGUUUGAGUAUCAAACAUGA